CUUUACCCCCUAAAUGUCUAAACUCCAACCUGAAACCUCUCCAUCGCGUGAUGAGACGGUGCUUGCUCUUGCGACAGAAAACCUAAACAUAGAAGAGCUCUCCCACUCGGAGGACGAAGGUGCCGUGGACGAAGAUGACCUUAACCCAGAAGACGAGCCUUUGCCGAUUGAAUACCCAGGAACCGUAAUCCCGGACAAUAAUCCCGAAUCGAUUGAGGCCGACACGGACCUCACGGCUGAUAUGGACCCGGGCACUGACUACAUCAGUCUCAUCCAGUUGAAGAUCCUGUCCAUCGAGGACCUCCACCUACAGAGAUUCCCUAAACUCGAGGCGUUGUGUCUCCGCCAGAACUUGAUCACCUCGAUUAAUGCAUUGAAACACGUCAGCCGCGAAACGUUAAUGGAAUUGGACUUGUAUGAUAACAGGAUUGACCACGUUUCCAAGCACACCAACGAGCUUGUGAACCUCACCACCCUCGACUUUUCCUUCAACAAGAUCAAGAAUAUAAAGAACGUCGACCGGUUGGUGAAAUUGGUGCACUUGUACUUUGUGCAGAACAAGAUCUCCGAAAUUAAAAACCUUUCCACGUUGACCAACUUGCGGAACUUGGAGUUGGGAGGUAACAGGAUCUCCAAGAUCGAGAAUUUAGACACCCUAGUGAACUUGGAACAGUUAUGGCUCGCAAAGAACCGCAUCACCACAAUGGAAAACAUGUCCAGCUUGCAAAACUUGAGGAUAUUAUCGAUCCAGUCGAACCGGAUCACCCAGAUUUCCGGCUUGGAGGGUUUAACCAACUUGGAGGAGCUUUACAUUUCGCACAACAAACUCGAGCGGAUUGAGGGUUUGGAGCACAACCUCAAGUUGACCACGUUGGAUGUGACCGGUAACAAGAUUGCCAAGUUGGAAAAUUUGUCGCACUUGACCGAGUUAACCGACUUGUGGGCUUCGUAUAACGAAAUCGACUCGUUUGAGAAUAUCGGUAGGGAGUUGGGGAAGUUGCCAAACUUGGAAACGGUAUACUUUGAAGGGAACCCGGUGCAGAAGGAAAACCCUGUAGCCUAUACGCGCAAGGUGAAGUUGUACUUGGGACCAAGUUUAACCAAGAUCGAUGCCAACUAUAUUAAGUAGACUUUGUGCUGAAAAAAAAAAAUGAUGCGUUUUAAAUAUUGUGACGGAGUAAAAGGGUAUGUGUUUACGUAAAACCGCUGUCUAGCAUGAUUGCCGUCCUACAAUCGUCUAAAGUGGCAUCCCGUUGUUUCUUGGGACUCUGAGCUGUAGUAAUGUGUGGGUCUGGGUAAAUAUGUUUGCAUAAAUAGGUUUGAAGCU